AUGGCUCCCAGGGCUUUGGUCCUCACCAUGUCAGGAGCUGAUUUCAGGUGCAGGAUCUUUGUCAAGGGCCUUUUCCCUCUAGGUUUCGACUAUGUACCAUCCCAGAAUCUGGUAACCCACGCAGACCCAGAACACGUUUCGGUUUCUGUGCUGCUCAUGCGUCCCUCCAAGGAAGUCUUCCAGGAGCUGCUGCAUACCCAGGCAGCCAGCCUGUACUACAGCCUCUUCGGAAGCAUCUCUCGCUUGCUGAUUCUGAAUCACCUGGUGGCCUGCUGCUGGUAUGCGGUAGGUGAUUUGGGUGGCCCAACUGGCUGGGUUCGCAGAUCUGGACUGGAGUCUGAGACCGUGAUCCAUAAAUACUUGGUCUGCCUAAAUUGGGCUUUUGCCCAACUAAGUGUAGGCUCAAGCGAGCUUAUUCCGGAGAGCACCUUUGAGUUCUCUUUUUGCGUUUUGGUGGCAUUCCGAUCCCUCAUCACGUACUCCACCCUCAUCAGCACGAUGACUUCCUUGCUGAGCGGUCUCAGCAAGAUCAAGGAGGAUGAGAACACCGAGUUCCGGAUGUUGAGAAGCUACCUGGUGCAUCAUGACAUCUGCAAGGAGCUGCAGCAGAAGAUAACGCGAUUCCUACAGCACCAGUAUGGCCUCAGACAGCAAGCAAAGUCUGCCGAUGCUCAAGUACCGCUGCUGGAACUCCUCUCAGUCCGACUUCAGGGAGAGCUCAGCUUUGCGAAGUACAGGAAAGCUCUUGGAAGACUGGCCUUUGUGGAUGAACUCUUAAUGUUGAAUGACCUUAUGGUUAUGCAGGUGCUACAUCGACUGGCCAUGAAGGCUGUCAGGGAUACUGUUGUGGCUGGAAAAGACGUGAUCUUCCUGGCUGGGGACACGGCGACGGCAUCCUACUUCAAAGUCGGUGGUGAGAUCACAUACUUUCACAGCAGCGAGAAGGACUCCGUCAGCAAUGCGACAUGGGUAGCCGAGCACUGUUUGUGGACUCCUUGGGUGCACUUGGGUGACCUGGUCUGCGAAGAUGUCAGCAGAUUGGUGGUGAUUCAUGUACAGGAAUUUUGCGAUGUUCUCAGCCAAGCUCCUCGGACCCAUGGUGCCGCAGUGAUCCACGCUAGAGAUUUCAUAGCUGCAAUGGGGCACCAACCAUUGUGGACGGACAUUCUCCCCCAAAAGGAAACGCACCACUUUCAGACCAGUGAGCGCGAGGUGAAGCUCCACGUCCGCUGCUGUGGCCUGCUGAAAGCUGAGCGCGUUACCCCUGAGCCGAAGAUGUCGAGCUUUGACUUCCACGGUAUUGGGGCUGCUGAAGCUGCUAGGGCUGUUCGCUCUGAAGAGGAGCAGGCCUCGGACAAGGAUGAAUGA